AUGGCGGCCCUCGCCCUCGACGCUUCCUCAAGCUCCGAAGAGGCUUACAGCGACACCGAAAGCAGCACCAGCAACUGCGGCGAUCUUGGCGAUGAGCCAGUCCACUUCACCUACAGCAAUGGUGCCCUGGUUGCUGGCUCCCUCCAACUAAACGAUGAGGACGUCAUAACCGUUGCCAAUAUACCAGGAAGUGGUACCGUCCAUUCCGUCUUCAGUCUCGCGCCCGCGCCCGCGGCCCCAGAGCCAGAAGCCGAAAUCAAAGAACACCCGUUCGAGCUUCGAACCAUAAAUUCGGCACUCCUUCCUCCAGAUUUCUUGGAUAGGCACCUCUUCCGAGCCCUGCCUGCUCAUUUCAACGCUUCAAACGAGCUGCGGAUUCUUAUCUCGACUCUCUCGGGCACCGGCCUUGCCCCAGACUUCUUUGAUGAAGUUCUACAUCCCCUUCUCAAAGCCAUUGGAUUGCCGGAUUCCAGAUACAAUGUCGUUCGAACUACAACCCCAGAAUCCGUCAUCGAGUUUGCGAGGUCCACCCUUCUGGUCGGCGCGAACCAAGGACGGAAGCAGACCGUGUUGAUGCUGAGUGGAGAUGGUGGGGUCGUGGAUACUCUAAACGGCCUGUUGGACAGUGGGAACAGAUCAAGCAUCUACGUUCCUCCUAUCCUCACUCAACUGCCCCUCGGCACUGGCAACGCUCUAUUCCACUCGUUGCACCGGCCUUCCCAAAUCCCUUCAAUUUACGUCCAAGGCUUACGGACACUCCUCCAUGGCACUCCACGACCGCUCCCUAUUUUCCAAGCAACAUUCUCGCCGGGCGCGCGGCUAGUCACCAACGAAGGACAGACAGCUACACCACUUCCAAAUAACGCCCUGUACGGCGCGGUAGUGGCAAGCUAUGGCUUGCACGCAACGCUUGUCGCGGACUCAGAUACAACGGAAUAUCGAAAGCAUGGCGACAAACGAUUUGGGCUCGUGGCGAAGGAUCUGCUAUUUCCCGAGGACGGGUCAUCUCCUCACGCCUACAAAUCGAAUGCCACGCUGGUGAAGGACGGACAAGGUGGAACAAUUCACAUGGGCGAGCAUGGCUAUGUUCUUGCGAGUUUGGUCUCAAAUCUUGAAAAGACGUUUACCAUUUCUCCGGCUAGUAAGCCUCUGGAUGGGCAGUUGAGGGUUGUGAGAUUUGGGGCACUAGAUGGAGAGAAGACGAUGGAUAUCAUGAGAGCGGCGUAUGCCGAUGGGAAGCAUGUUGCUAUGGACGGAGUGGGGUACACGUCUGUGGACAGUUUACGCAUCCAAUUCUUGGAAAAGGGCGAAUCCUGGAAAUGGAGACGUUGUUGCAUUGAUGGAUUAGUUGUUGGAGUUGAGGAGGGAGGGUGGAUGGAGGUAGGUAUGAUGGCAAGAGGCACCGAGGCUGUAGAAAUUGUGCAUGAUAUUUGA